AUGGGGUUGUAUUUCGGAUCUCCAGAAGCUUCUUCUAUGGCCAACGCUUGGGAGUGGAUUGGGGAUGAUGGCCUUACCUCUUCGGUGACAUACGUCAAUUCAGCUUUUGUGGUGGCUGGUGGCUGGGCCAAAGAAUGUGUGGGCAUUCUUGACAAGGAAUCGAGAGAGUUGCGAGAUGGAAAGUUGAUGAGGUGCUCAGGAGAUCGGUUCCAUGGAUGA